CUUUAUACACAGUGAAAACGAGGCACGAGGGUAAUAUAAUAAAAAAAAGUCCGUGCGUUAGAUCUUCGCGCCAUUUACAUCUGUCACAAAAAUGAGAAUCUCGUCUCGUCUCAUUUUACUUUCAUAUAUGGUUUAUUUUUGCUUUAAUUAAUUCUUAAAUUCGUCUGCAUAGUUGAAGUUUAACCAAAUUCGUAUUCUGCUAGCUUAUUUUAAAAUAAAAUGCAUGUUCGGGUGAGAGUGUUUGGUAAACCGGACAAUAUUGUCGUAGUUGAUUCUAAACUAACGAAAAUCGAACAUUUUCGUCGUAUAAUCAAAGAUAAGUUCAAAGUCGACAUAAAAUUGCAGCGAUUAUUCUAUGGCGGAAAACUGUUAGAAGAUGGGUAUACAUUCCAUGAUUAUAAUAUAAAACUCAAUGAUGUGAUACAACUAAUGGUAAGAGCCCAACCAGAGAAUACCUCAGUGGAAGAAACCAAGACCUCCGAUAACCAAAGUGAAGAUAAGGAUAGCCCCAAUGAAGGGAAGAAAAUUGAAUAUAAAGAUGCGAAAAGCUCAUCAUAUGUAGUUGGUGAUCUUAUUGAUGUGAAAGACAAAGAGCAAGGUGCAUGGUUUGAAGGCAAAAUUGUUAGAAUUGUUCAUGAUCCAGAUGUACCAGCAACAGAUCUUAAUGGGUCUUUUUCUAAUGAUAAUGGCUUAGAAAGUACAAAGGAUGGCUCGGGCAAAGAGAGUGAUUCAGAAAACACACCUCCAGUGGCAGCCCUUGAAGAAGAAAGUCAAAAGUCAAAAAAGAAAGGCAUAGCAAGAUAUUUCGCAAAAGCUUCAAAUGGGAAAAAGAAACAAGAGCAAGAUAAUUAUCCGCAGAUUAAAGAAACAAUAAAAAACUCAGAUGAAAUGCUAUUGUAUAAAGUUCAACAUGAUGCAGACGAAGAAGACUCUAAUAUUUAUUGCAAGAUGAAUGAAAUUAGACCUCGAGCACGACAUACUGUUGAUGUGAAGGAUUUAAAAGUGGGACAGAAAGUUAUGAUCAACCAUAACACAGAACAGCCACUAGAAAAAGGCUAUUGGUAUGACUUCACAGUUCAAGAAAUUAAGAAACUUCGGACAAGUUAUGAGCUAAUUGGCACUCUGUACCUCGGUCUUGACUCCAUUCCACAGAAUGAAACUGUCGUUAAACUACAUGAUAAGAUAUUUGCUAUUGAAGAAGUUGUACCAUUAGAUAAAAGGACCAAAGAAUAUGAGAUGAUGAUGGUUACGCAACCUGAAAAAAGAUCUGCACCAUUGAAUUGUUUGACAUGUCGUGAUGAUGAAGAAGCGCCAUGUAAAGAUUGUGGUUGUUACUUGUGCUUGGGAAAAGAAAAUCCUGAAAAGAUUGUGCUCUGUGAUGAAUGUAAUAAUGGCUACCACAUGCACUGCCUGAAUCCGCCCCUCAAAGAGCUACCAGAGGAAGACUGGUAUUGUCCUUCAUGUAAGAGGGAUCCUAAUGAUGUAAUUGCUCCGGGUGCCGCUAAGCAGACUAAAAAAACAUCUACAAAAAGUAAUAGAGACUGGGGUAGAGGCAUGGCAUGUGUCGGUAAAACAAAGACAUGUGCGAUGCCGCCGAAUCAUUUUGGGCCUAUUCCCGGCAUUGAAGUUGGCAUGUGCUGGAGAUUCCGUAUUCAGCUAUCGGAGACUGGUGUGCACAGGCCCCCUGUCUCAGGCAUACACGGGCGCGACGUGGAAGGAGCUUAUAGCAUUGUCCUUUCAGGAGGAUACGAAGACGACGUCGACUAUGGCAAUGAGUUUACAUACACUGGUAGUGGUGGACGAGACUUAUCUGGUAACAAAAGAACUGCAGAACAAUCAUGUGAUCAGACUUUGACUAGAGAAAAUAAGGCACUGGCGCGCAAUUGUGCUGUGAAAGAGAUAAGCGAAUCAGGAGGUGACGCUGGUGAGAACUGGAAAAAUGGGAAGCCUGUUCGCGUAGUGCGUUCUUACAAGAUGUUGAAACAUUUCCCCAAAUAUGCACCUAAAGAAGGAAUCCGGUAUGACGGCAUUUACAAAGUAGUAAAGUAUUAUCCUGAAAAAGGAUUAUCUGGUUUUCGAGUAUGGAAGUACCUGUUAAAAAGGGAUGACCCUAGUCCAGCACCCUGGGAAUCUGGUGCAAAGAAAUAUGAUAUAAUUUAUCCUGAUGGUUAUUUGGAAGCGGAAGCCGAGAAGAAAGCCCUAAAAGAGAAAAAAGGCAAAAACCCCAAGGGCGGUAAGAAACGGGCGCUUCGAGAAAGCAAUCAGUCCACGGAGUCGGACGGCGAGGCCUCUCCACCCGGGAAGAAACUGAAGACAAUGACUAACGAGUCAGAACCUAAGAAAAAGGGGAAAGCAUCGAAGAGGAGCAGUAUAAAUGAAAGUCCGAACGUCAAGAUUCCAAGCAUGUUUACACCGAAAAAGACCGCUAAAAAGUCUGUGGACGCGGCAGAGAGUGUUCUCAGUGCAGAAGAAACUGAAGCUGUAAAGGCAGACAAACUGAACACGAAACUUUGGGAGGAGUGUUUGGAAAUUUGCAAGGGUAAUGGGAAGAAGGAGUUCGUUGAGCACGUGACGCAGGUGUUUCUCUGCAUCAUUUGUCAGGAAGUGGCCGUCAACCCUGUGACCACGCCCUGUUUACACAACUUCUGUAUGGCGUGUCUCAAGCUUGCUUUUAAAUCUACUGGCGCACAGACUUGUCCAUGCUGUCGUAAGAAUCUUUCUAAGUAUGAGCCGGAACAGAAUGAGCGCCUGAAGACCGCUCUCCGGUCCAUCAUGGCUGGUUACGACGCAGGCAAGAAGUAGAUUUGGCCACCACUGUAGACAGUUGAACGGAUAGAUUCUAGUUACUGGCUGCGAUUAUUCAUUCCUCAAUCAUGUAGUUAGAUUGUAAACUGUGCUGUGCGAAUCGAAGAUAAAUAUUGAAGUAUUAUUUUUAAGCUUGGAAGUUGGAUACUCCAUUGAUUUUUUAAAGUUACUUGACCUGAUCUGUCGUAGUGUAGUUUUAAGAUAAUUUGCCAUUUAUUAUGCCUAAUUUUAUAUUUUCUCUAUUUGUUGUGUCGGUGAAUAGAUACAAUGAAGGCUAUCAUUUUGUCUUGCAUCUGCCAUGCCUUUAGGAAGGGUUAAUAUCGGAUUCAUAGGAAUUUAUUUUUGAAAACUAUCUUACAGUAAAUGUUAUGCCACACUCUAUUUGAAAGUAUAAAGGUGAGUCUAUUUGUCACCAUUUAUUAAAUUUUCAUUUUGCAGAUAUGCGUAUAAGAAAGUUAUGCAAUAUGAGUCUAGUGUAAAGCCAGACCAAAAAUAUAAAAAAAAAUCGUCAAUGAUAACACCCGCUACACAGAUUACAAAUGUAAACUACGCCAGUGCCCUCAUGACAGGUUUUUUUUAUAUAUCUGGUACAGCUUUAAUGGGGAUAAAAACUAGAAGCUCAAAAGUAGGCGGCAGCACUGUUGAGAGCUACUGAAUUAUGAUAAUUCUCCAUACUGUCCAUCUAAAAUUCGUGAUAAAUUGCUAUAAAAGCAACAUGGAAUGUAUCCCGUAAAGCAGCCAGUUUGAAAAAGGCAGUUUCGAUUGAAAAUAAGUUUUCUUCUUUCCGACACUAUUAUUUUGCAGAUAAACUCCGAGCAAAGAGAUAUAGUGUAAAAAUAUAACCAAACAAUACGUUUGUUUACUCAAAUCACACUCAAAUAUUAUGGGGAACUGUCAUAAUUUAAGAAUACUCAACAGUAGCCACAUCUGAUGGGAGAAAUAGGCAGACUUUAGCUUCAUCUAUGCAUUUAAAAUAAUGUAAUUUUUACAGAAUUAUUGUUAAGCAUUGAAAUAAGUGAUACAACCGCUGUGCAAUGCGAAAUUGAUGAAUGACACGAUCUUACGCAGGAGUAGCCAUAGAAUUGGUACUCUGGAGUAAAGGACAACUAUUAGCCCUCGUUACAAUUUUACAAUAUUGUUUGCGUUUAUACCUACAGUUUUUAAUUAAUCGAAGUUAAGAUUUUUUAUUCGUUAGUUAUUUUUAGUUCAUUUUAAAUUAUGCUAUCUAUUCCAAGUAGGUGGUUAAUAUUCUCAGUACAAAAUAAGGUAAGCGUAGGUUAGUGAAUUAAUCAUGUAAUAUGAUAUGCAUGUGAAUAUGUACUGCGAUUAUGAUGACUUUAUACAUCUUUUUAUUAACUCACUACUUAAUACCUUUUUAAUCCCUUUUUUAAGCAAGUACGUAUAAAUGUGUGGUUACCGAUUGACUUGGUU